CCCGGCGUGCAGCGCGGCGGCCGAGCCGGCAGCGGGCCGCCUCAGGCAGCCCCGCUGGGCCGCCCGGACCCAAGCAGCGGAAAGGAUGGCGCUGAAGCGCAUUCAGAAGGGUCUCACUAAGUUGCUGCGGGUCUCCCGCCAGUCUCACGAAUUUGCUGAGACUGGCCUCCCAACUUGCCAUCCUCAUGCCUCAGCCACCCGAGUUCCUGGGAUUACAGGCGUGCACCAUCGUGCCCGGCUGUAACCAAAAUUUUUAACAUUAUAUCAUCCCACAAGUGCAUGGCCAGAACUGACUGACUUGCAGAGGGAUCCUCCUGCCCAGUGUUCCGCAGGACCUGUGGGUGAUGAUUGGCUUCAGCCAACCUCCCAAAUUUAUCAGCUAGCAGUUUUUAAGAAAACAAUACUAUUUUCCUUUCAUUAUGUGAAUUGCUUUUUCACUGGAGGAAAAAAUGAAACAACAAACCCUCAGCAUGAGUUGGAGUAAGAACAUAAGUAAAAGAAGUGAUAUUUUCAUUAGCUGAGUGUUCCACUGGCAGGCAACCAUCAUGGGCCCGAAUGACAGUCCUUACCAAGGAGGUGUUUUCUUCCUGACCAUCCACUUUCCUACGGAUUACCCUUUCAAGCCCCCAAAGGUCGCUUUCACAACCAAAAUCUAUCACCCCAAUAUCAACAGCAAUGGCAGCAUUUGCCUGGACAUCCUGCGUUCACAGUGGUCUCCAGCCCUAACUGUGUCCAAAGUUCUCUUGUCCAUCUGCUCCCUGCUCUGCGACCCCAACCCUGAUGACCCUUUGGUGCCAGAAAUAGCCCACACCUACAAGGCCGACAGAGAGAAGUACAACAGACUAGCAAGAGAGUGGACACAGAAAUAUGCUAUGUAAGUGCCUCAGAGGUUUCGUGGGAGACAUUGUUGAAGAGAAGCUGGCCAGGCAGAGAGGUCUUCCUUUGAAGCUCUGAGCUGUCGACUGAGCCACUCACAGAGUGCCACCUGUUCUUCACACACACAUGGGCCACCCAAUUCCUUUGGCUGCAGCAUGUUGGUGCCACUCUCAGCCAUGGUGGCUUUGACAGUGUCACAUCUUCGAUGCCUAAUCAGCAACCAUCAUAACUAUGAUCCACAACCUUUCUGGUUACACUGGAAUGGGUCUGUCUGCCCAAACUCAUCUGCCCGUCUCUGGGAGGCCAGUCCCUGCACGCCUCCCCUGCCUGGCCUCAAAUGGUGCUGCUACUCUCUAUGGCACCACAUGGGGGCCUAGCCUGGCCCCUCACCACAUGCCCUUUGCCUUUAGAACUCAGUGUUGUCCUGGGUGUCCAGGACAGAGUGGGCUCCCUUGCAUCCUGUCUGCCGCAGAACCAGAUCCCAAGGAGUCUGAAUGCAUCUUGGAGGCUCCCAGGAAUGGGACAGCAUCACUGGAAAGUGGAGGUCUCAUUCUGUGGCUU